CGGAUUUUAGUACAAAUGGGGGAGAGGAAUGGAAAUAGAAUGUUGUUUCGAGAUUCUGUAUCUUUCACAGUCUUCAAUUCUCGUGCAAUCAAGUUAAAUAAGCUAGAUGACAGAGAAGGCUUUAAACUCGUUCUUACAGGAAACGUGUCACUGCAACAGUGCAUAAUUUUUGAUUGCUGUUUUACCACGGAUGCUUGGAAGGAAGAGAACUAUGAAGUUUACUUGGGUGGAAUAGUUGCUCAACUCCGAGAACAUUUAGCAGAUGCAUCAUUCUUGGUAUUCAAUUUUAGGAGAUUAGAGAUGCAGAGUCAGAUGGGUGAUAUCUUAUCUAAGUAUGAUAUGACCAUAAUGGACUACCCUCAGCAGUACGAGGGCUGCCCAGUUCUGACGAUGGAAGUGGUUCACCAUUUUUUAAGAUCAUGUGAGAGUUGGCUUUCCCUUGGGCAGAAUAAUGUUUUGCUAAUGCAUUGUGAACGUGGUGGUUGGCCAGUUUUAGCUUUCAUGCUUUCAGCUCUCUUGAUUUAUAGAAAACAAUAUAGUGGCGAACAAAGAACAUUGGACAUGGUUUAUAGGCAGGCACCUCGUGAGCUUUUGCAUUUUUUGUCUCCUAUGAAUCCGAUUCCAUCUCAAUUAAGGUAUCUGCAAUAUGUUGCGAGGAGGAAUGUAGCCUUAGAAUGGCCUCCUAUGGACAGAGCUCUCACUUUGGAUUGUAUCAUUUUGAGGUUUAUUCCAAAUUUUGAUGGGGAGGGUGGUUGCCGUCCAAUAUUUCGAAUAUAUGGACAAGAUCCUCUGCUGGUCAGUGAUCGAACUCCUAAAGUUCUUUAUUCAACUCCAAAAAGAAGCAAAAAUGUCCGAGCUUUCAAACAGGCAGAGUCUGAACUGGUUAAGAUUGAUGAAUGUCAUAUUCAAGGUGAUGUUGUUCUUGAGUGCAUCACCUUGCAUGACGACAUGGAAUUUGAAGAGAUGAUGUUCAGAGCAAUGUUUAAUAAUACUGCUUUUAUUCGCUCUAAUAUUUUAAUUCUCAACCGUGAAGAGAUUGAUACAUUGUGGAAUGCUAAAGAUAAAUUUCCAAAAGACUUCCGAGCAGAGAUUCUUUUCUCUGAGAUGGAUGCUGGAACUCGUACUGUUGCAAAUGAUGUACUUUGCAUUGAGGAAGAAGGUCUCCCCAUGGAAGCAUUUGCUAAAGUGCAAGAGAUCUUUAGUCAUGUGGAUUGGUUAGAUCCCAAGGCAGAUGUUGCCCUUAAUGUGCUCCAUCAGAUGAAUGCCUUAAACAUAGCCCAAGAGAAGCCAGACAAUAAUUCUCUUUGGAGUACGCAAGUUAGUUCUUUACUUCAGUGUGCAAGUCCCAGAAAACUUCCACAGAAGUUCACAUUGGAGAACAGAAGUAAAUUCCUAGAGAAGGAAGGAUCUAGUCCAACCUCUAAAUUUUCUCCGGAUGCUGCUAAAACCGAACAAAACAAUGAAUCUAAUUCAGUAUUCCAACGGGUGCCUCAAUCUCCAGACCCUUUUCCACUCACCUUUGACAUGUUGCAAGAUUCCCCAAUCUCAGAUAGAAGUGAUAGGACCUCAUACAGUGCUUCGGUUGGAAGCCACUCAUUUAUUGAUUCUGAAGGAGAAAUAGAUGUUUCUCAUCUGAAAACUGCAUCUUCAUCUUUUCGGGAUGCAACAUUGGAUGUUUCUCUAGCACCUGAAUCUCCUCAGACUAAAAAUUUAUAUACAGAGACAACCAUACCACCACCUCCUCCUCUCCCACAACUUUCCACUGAUAUUUAUGCUGCAAAUUCCCUACCUUCUCCUCACUCUACUUCAACUGAAUCACUACUUCAGUCUAAUAACUUUUCAACUCUACAACCAAAUAGAGCUUCACUCACUGAGGAAAUAGAAAUCUAUUCAAAGGAUCAAAAUCAGUUAUCAGCCAUCAUCCCUUCCCUGUCUGUAACCUCUACAAUUAGUUCCUCAGUACAGUCUUCUCCACCACCUCCUCCACCACCUCCUUCAACACCUCCUUUGAAGGAUACCAUAGCUGUUAGAGUUAAAGCUUCUUUGACAACACCCUCUUUUCCUUCUACAUUAGCUUCUCAUCCUACAAUUGCAUCCUCCGUUCCUCAACCACCACCUCCUCCUCCUCCUUCCACAUCCACUGUAACUCAUAAAAUUUCAUCUCCAAUCCCUUCACCUCCACCACCACCGCCUACUCCUUCUCCUCCUCCUCCUCCUCCAGUAGUCAUUACAAAUCCUAAAAUCUCCUCUCCAGUGCCUCCACCACCACCUCCUCUCCCUAUGACUUCCAAACAGGUUGAAAGUACUACAACAUCCCCAUCUAUUCCUAUUGAAAAGAGAGACAACGAGUUCACACCAAUUUACGUGGAAACCCGAGUACCGGGAGAAAAAUCACGAUUGUUUGUGUUGUUAUUAUUUUCUAAUGAAGGAAAAAGCCUAGAAAAAAAGGAAAGAAUUCCAACAAUUCCUCCUCCACCACCACCACCUAUUCCUAUGACAUCCAGGCAGGUUGGAAGUACUUCAACAUCUUCGCCUGUUCCUCCACCACCACCACCUCUUCCAUCCAGACAGGUUGGAAGUACUUCAACAUCUUCACAUGUUCCCCCUCCUCCACCACCGCCUGCUUCCACCAAAGGCUCCCCUUCAUCUGUUCCUUCUGCUCCCCCUCCUCCUACCCUUUCUGGGAGAGGGCCUUCAAAAUCAGGUGAACUGUCUGGUUCUCUUCUUGGAAAUGGUUCAUCUACGUCUUCCUCUCCUGUGCCACCAAGUGGUUCUCCAUUAGGUAUAAAGGGACGGACUUUGUCACGCACCAUAAGUUCAAGAACACAUAUAACCAAGAAAUUGAAGCCACUGCAUUGGUUAAAGUUAUCUAAAGCAGUGCAAGGAAGCUUAUGGGCUGAAGCCCAAAAAACUGGUGAAGCUGCCAGGGCACCGGAGAUUGACAUGUCAGAGCUUGAAAGUCUUUUCUCAGCGGCAGUUCCUGCUCCUGAUCAGCUCCAAAAGUCGAGUGGACGCGGUUCAGUUGGCAAUAAGCCUGAGAAAGUACAACUGAUUGAUCACAGACGUGCUUACAAUUGUGAAAUUAUGCUUUCAAAGGUCAAGGUGCCUUUGCAUGAUUUAAUGAGUUCUGUGCUUGACCUUGAAGAUUCAGCUUUGGAUAUCGAUCAGGUCGAGAAUCUUAUUAAGUUUUGUCCGACAAAGGAGGAAAUGGAUUUACUUAAGGGGUACACUGGAGAAAAGGAGAAGCUCGGUAAAUGUGAACAGAUUUUUUUCAUUUUGCGGUUGGACGUGGAUUUAGCUUCAAACCAAACCAACGAACUGCGAACACCCCUAGAGACAACGACGCUGAGCGACAGACAGAGGCGUGGACGAACAAGAAAGACUUGCGUCGGCUGUAUGAGGCGAAUAGAGAAACUCAACGUUCGUCGAUGAGGCAAAAAGCAACGAAAAGCGUUGACUGAUGGUGGACGAACGAUGAAGGAGGUGACGGCUAGGGUUUUGAGAGGAAGAAAAUUGAAGAAGAUGAUGGCACGCUUUACGAGAGGUCAUAUUUAAUAAUAAUAAUAAUAAUUCUAUUAU